UUCCUUAUCAGAAACUGUUAAUUUUGGUGGUAUCACAGUGGACAGUCAAGCUAUUACUGCAGCAACAAUAAGUGCAACAGGUAUUGCUGAGCACGUGCAAUAUAAAGUUGAACUUCACAAAGUUAAUUUAAAUGGUACUCUACAACCAAUCAAUGGUCCAAUUUUCGUUGGUGAUGAUAUUGCUUACAUCAUUCGAGUUAGUUCGUUAGCUACAGAUGCGCGGAUUGGACAUUGCUGGGCACGUGAUGGGCAAUCGACGUUACAACUUUCGGACGAUAAUGGUUGUAGCAUACAACUUGUUGGUAAUGUUUGGAAUCAUUUUCAACGUCAACAACACGAUAACAAUAUCAUUUUCCGGAAUCAAAUUAAAGCGUGGGCGUUUCCGACAAGCAAUGAGAAAUAUUAUGAACAAUUUUAA